GUUUCUCUGUUCUUAUUCUCUUUUGCAAUUGCGACGUUCGUCAAGGUUCCUUUUGCGCGCAUCCUCAUGCCAUUUCGUUCUUAAUUUGCAUCUUCGAUCAGAAUAUUUGAAGUUUGAAGUAUGGCAAGUCGCGUCAAGGAAGAAGAGAAGAUUGAAAGGAGCAUACGUAAUCUUUUGAAACUUCCUGAGAAUCGAAGAUGUAUUAACUGCAAUAGUCUGGGACCGCAAUACGUAUGUACAACAUUCUUGACAUUUGUCUGUACAAAUUGUAGUGGAGUACAUCGUGAAUUUACUCACCGAGUAAAGUCAGUGUCAAUGGCAAAAUUCAAGCCAGAAGAGGUGACUGCUCUUCAAGCAGCGGGAAAUGAGAGAGCUCGGCAAAUAUAUUUGAAAGCUUGGGAUCCCCAGCGACAUUCUUAUCCAGAAAACAGUAAUCUCCAUCGGCUCCGGGAGUUCAUCAAGCAUGUCUAUGUUGAUAGGAAAUACUCGGGUGAGAGGGCUGUUGAUGAGAUCCCGAGGUUGAAACUUACUAAUGAAUCAUCCCAAGAAAGGAGAAAGGUUCCUUCAUAUUAUGGUGGAUUACAGCCCCAGCAAGAUGAAAUUCCAAGAUCUAGUUCAAAGAGGGAACUCAGGAGUCCAAUUUAUUACUAUGAUGAGAGAAGCAGUCCCCGGUAUACAAAAGAAAAUUCCAGAUAUGGAGGCUAUAGGAGAAGCCUCACACGCAUUGAGGUUGUAGAUGACCGGAUCAGAGAUGACAGAAUUGGAAAUCGCAAGCUCUCAAAUGAAGAUUCCAAGCCAACUAUCCAGUUAAGUCGCAGUCGAGAAAAUUUAGAGAAGUCUUCUCCUGAAGUGUCAUGUGAUAAUAAAGUUACGACGGCCAAAAAUGAACCUACCCCAAAAGUUGAGGACGUUAGAACCACUAAAGGGGUGGACGCUGGUGGCUCUGAUCAGAAUGUUGUUCGUGCUAAUCCCGUGGAAACUAAACGAGACAAUGCAGCGAACUUAAUUGAUCUUAGUAUCAGUUCUGAGCCUUCUGAUGUUCCUGUCGUAUCACGGACCCAAUCGAUGCCUUCAUCUAAUAAUGAAAACUUGAAAGUCUUUGAGCCAUCUUCAACGACGAAGGCACCAAAAUCCACCAGUGCAAAUACUUUGGAAGCUUUGAUUCUUGAAUUAUCACUACCAUCAACUGGAGCUGAUAAUAACCCGACUGAUGGACCUGGAAAUGCUCAUGCUCCAGCAACUGUUUCUGGAAGUACUCUUACACCAGAGCUCACUGUGGGGAAGACAGCACUACCAAUCAGCAUUGAUUCUUCUGUAGCUGGGUCUAAUGAAAAUUUACCAUUGCAAACUUCUAAUGCAAGUCCUCCGCAACUCACAACCAAUAAGGGUGUUGAUAUUGCACUAAAAGUUAGUAAUGGACAACAGCUUCCAAGCACGCACCAACAACAGACUUCUGAUCAUUCUUCUGCAGAUACUGGUUUGAUUUCACAGAUGACGACUCCAGUUGUUGUUCCAAAUUUUGAAGGGACUUCUUCAUCGAAACCAAAUGCACAAGGACAUUCAAGUGUUUCAGGUGAAAAGAUAGAUGCGGAUUCAAAACCUGCUCAGGGUACCAUCAAUAGAGUUGGAUCCGAACCUCCAUCUUCGGAAAAGAGUUCUGGGGGAAGAAAGGAACUUCCUCUGGACCUUUUUACUGCAAACUUCAUUCAAGUUCCCACCUCACAUCUAGGUUGGCCGACUGCAACUCAACGUGUCAUGGGUCAGAACUUGCAGUAUUAUCCUCCCUCAGGGACUGCAAGACCAACAAACCCAUUUGAUCUUGAUGAUGAAAGGAGUAGAUUUUACCCUCAAAGAACUGCUAGCAUGCCCGCUCGUCCUGGCUUAACUCAGAGUUAUAGCUACCAACCCGAAGCUCAGUAUUCAGGUACAUUCGUGGGGCAACGGGUUUAUGAGAGCACUCCGUCUAUGAGACCGCAGGGAGUGAAUAACUAUGGAGGAGCCUCCUCAGCAAGUCCAUUCGGCUCCUCCAACACACCUCAGCAGCCGAGUAGCAGAUAUCCAGCACCUAACACAAAUCCAAAUGCUCGUAAUAAUCCCUUUGGAUAGACGGCUUCACAAAGCUUCUGUACGCCUAAAUAUCAGGUCACCUCCUUCCUAUCUCUUCAAAGUGAGUCUGAAAGUUCGGAGUUCAUGUACAGAUUCCCUCAGAUCAUAUAGAAACUAACCAUAUGACGCUGAUUUUAUAAGUUGGUUUAGACCUGAUUUAUUUUAUUUGAGAUUAUUAAUUUUUAAGCGUUAAUUCGCAUGUUGUUGUAGAUUAUAUAUGUCUUCACUUUCUUAUGGAAGUUUGUAACCUUGAACGUGGUUGC